CAAAUAUUAACCUACAAAUUCUUCAAAAAUUAUAUGAUUGUACCAUUGUACCCUUUCGAUUUUUGAAAAUUUGGGGCCCAUAAGAAUUGUCUUUCUUCCUGUGCAAAUAGAAUGAUUAUGAAACAACUUUGCCGUAUAUUCAAACAGAUUUCUUUUACCGAUACUUUACAGGCGAGUCCUAGAUCUUUCUACACAAGCACAUUCAAAUAUAGAGAAGUUGUUAAUCGAAAAGAAAUGUUAAAAUCAGUACCAGCUGUAGAUGAGGGGGCCAUAGGUGAAAAAUCCAUUGAUGUAGAUUCCAUGAUACACAAGAAUGUUGAUACUUUCCCUGAUUUCAACACUCCUAAUAAAUUGUUUAAUGGUGUCCCAUUCAAGAAUUUACCAAUUUUCAACAUCAGAGUAUCUAAAAAUAAUACAAUAAUAAAUUUGACUGAUGCCAAAGGUUUUCCAAAAUUUAUAAGGUCUUGUGGAGUUGAAGGUUUUAAAAAUGCGAGGAAAGGAACUAAUAUUGCUGCUCAAGCAACUGCAGUUUCAAUAGGGACAAAAGCUGUGGAGAAUGGCUACAAAACAGUACGAUUAACAGUGAGGGGUCUGGGACCUGGAAGAAUGGCUGCUAUUAAGGGGUUACAAAUUGCAGGACUGGAAAUUGUGUCUAUCACUGAUAAUACUAGAGUUUCUUGGAAUCCUCCAAGACCAAGGAAACAAAGAAAAUUAUAGAAAAAAUGUGCUGAACCAUUUGUAAAUUAUUUCCAUCUCCUUUUGAAUUAAACUAUAGAUA